AUGCUCCUCCACCACCGCCUCCUCCCUCGCCUACUGCUGGUUCCUUCCACCCACAUCUCCACCACCCUCCGCCCCUCCCGUUUGCCGCUCCGCCUCUCCCUCUCGCCGCGCUUCUCCGCGCUGUCCCACCUCGUGGCACCGCAGACCGUCGACCAGUCCGACGACGAGGGGGCGCCCCAGGGGAAGGUGCAGGUAAAGGUCCCGCUCGACCGCCUCUUCGUGCCGCCCGGGGCAACCGUGGAUGCGGGGGACCAGGACGCCGUGAGCGCACGGGUCCUUAAGGGCUCCAACAUCGUGCUGGGCCCAUACGCGCGCGGUGACGCACAGGUGGUCAACGCAGAUUUUGUGAAGAGCAGCGUGCGUCCCGAUGACUGCCCUCGGGACGGUCUUCCGGAGUUCGCACUCGUUGGCCGGUCCAACGUCGGCAAAUCGUCGCUGCUCAACUCGCUUGUCCGCCGCAAGCGCCUUGCACUCACCUCCAAGAAGCCUGGGAAGACCCAAUGUAUCAAUCAUUUCAAAGUAAAUGACAGCUGGUAUCUUGUUGACUUGCCUGGUUAUGGGUAA